AUGUGAUAGCUUCUUGUUCCCUGAUUGGUGGUUUUGAAACAAAUCCCGUUCCCUGAUUGGUUAGUUUUGAACCGUUGCAUUACUGCGGUCAAUUCAAAAGAGUGUCAGCAUCCAGCGGCAGUCUGUGCACAGAAAGUACAUACGACCAAAUCAGGCACAGUCAGGCAAUAAUGGAAGACUACUUGAAGAUUGAGAAAAUUGGAGAAGGUACCUACGGGGUGGUGUAUAAGGGCAGGCACAAGAACACAGGCCAGGUAGUGGCUAUGAAGAAGAUCCGUCUGGAGAGUGAGGAGGAGGGGGUCCCCAGCACUGCUGUCAGAGAGGUCUCUCUGCUUCAAGAGCUGAAGCAUCCCAACGUUGUACGACUCCUGGAUGUCCUGAUGCAGGAGUCUCGCCUCUACCUCAUCUUUGAGUUCCUGUCCAUGGACCUGAAGAAGUACUUGGACUCCAUCCCCUCUGGCCAGUACAUGGACCCUAUGCUGGUUAAGAGCUACCUUUACCAGAUCCUGGAGGGCAUUUACUUCUGUCACUGUCGUCGAGUCCUCCACAGGGACCUGAAACCCCAAAACCUUCUGAUCGACAACAAGGGAGUUAUCAAACUGGCAGACUUUGGCCUGGCUCGGGCCUUUGGUGUUCCUGUCAGGGUCUACACCCAUGAGGUUGUAACUCUAUGGUACCGGGCUCCAGAAGUCCUUCUGGGUUCCCCCCGAUAUUCAACCCCCGUUGACGUGUGGAGCACUGGGACCAUCUUUGCAGAGCUUGCCACUAAGAAGCCUUUGUUCCACGGGGACUCGGAGAUAGACCAGCUCUUCAGGAUCUUCAGGACUCUGGGAACCCCAAACAAUGACGUCUGGCCGGAAGUAGAGAGCCUACCUGACUACAAAAACACAUUCCCUAAAUGGAAGUCUGGAAACCUGUCGUCAAUGGUUAAAAACCUGGAUAAGGAUGGCCUGGACCUGCUGGCGAAAAUGUUGACCUACAAUCCUCCAAAGAGGAUCUCUGCCCGCGAGGCCAUGACUCACCCCUACUUUGACGACUUGGACAAAUCCACCCUGCCUGCUGCCAGCCUCAACAAAAUCUAGAACGUGUAACAUACUACAGUACAUACCAUUGUGAAUUCUCAUUUUGUAAAUACUUAUGUGUGAUACUUGUUGUAGACCUUUUAGUAACUUUUUUUUGUCUUUCAACAAUGUCUUUUCAUUAAAACGGCACUUUCUGUCAUUCUCAAAACUUU